CACCUUACUGGUGCUCCUGUUCGGAAUUAUCUAGACUUUUCAUCCAGUACUCCACAUAUCAUUCAGAGCUCCUCGGAAGUUUUCUGUCGAACUGCAAAUGUUGAUGAUGCUGGGAGGAGGAGAAGGAGAGAGAUAGUCCCCAAUAAUCACCCCUUUGUUACCAUGGUAACUGGGGAAUGAAUAUGUUCCGAGUGAGCCACAUAUCGGUGAGUCGGCGGCAGCAAUGGAACUCCACCCACCACAGCUUUUUUGGCACCGUGCAACCACGAGGGAAGCAGCCAUGCUUCAGGGGCCUUUUCUUAGGGGUGAUAGCAGGGAUCCUGUUGAUAAUAGGCAUCAUGUUGACUUGGAUAGCUGGAUUAAGCGGAAUAGUGGAGGCAGGCCCCAUUUUGAUUGGCUUCUCUCUCAUUGUAUUCCUGGUAGCUACUUGUCAGUUCCUACAAGCCAGAAAGGAACAGCUGUUAGAGAGACAAGCAGAGGAGCAAAGAAGGCAAACCAUUGCAACAAUGGCAGUAAGUCAGGACGGGGAGAACCCACCAGAGACAGUUAUUAUAGAGGCCUUUACUCCAAGUGAAUUGUACAGUAGUACAGAUGACAAUGCUCCUCCCAGCUACAUGGAGGCCACAGAAUCUGAUCUGAACCACUCAGUUCUAUUGCCUGAUGAGGUAGAUGAGCAAAUGGAAGACCCACCAUCUUACGCUGAGGCAAUGAGCACUUCCUGUGUAGAGAUCAGUACAAGGGGAACAACUCCUGCUAGUGCAUGCUGGGUACCCCCUUACUACCCUUAUCUAUCUCCUCCAGAACUCUGCCCCACAAACCAUUGUGAUCCCCCCAUAAUGAUGACUUCAUUAGACAGAGAGGGUGUUGAGAGCAAUGACCUUGAGAUUAGCUCGGAUGUUGAUGAAUAUUCAGAAGAAAUCAAUCCAGUGAGAUGCAGUCAAGAAAUGCAAAAUCAAUGUUCCUAACUGUUUGCUGCUUCAAGUAUAAUUGUAGAAUAAUUGUCUUUUGAUGGAAUUCUAUUCAACUGAUGCACUAGAAACCUCUAUGACUGUGGAUCAGAGAAAUUUUUCACCAGCCUGGUAUAAAUAUAUAUACAUGUACCGGUACUUUGAAUUGACAGUUGCAGGGAAGCAUUGAAAGGUGAAGUGCGGGUGGAUGGAUCAACUGACCCGGCACCGCAAAUGGGCAGAUUUUAUUUUUGUAAGAGGAUUUAACUUGUAAUGUUGUAUGAAUUUUACUAGGUGUGGAUUAUAAUGCCAAAUUGUUGUGUUCUGUGUAAUUGCGUGGUGUAUGAGCGCUGUACACUGAUGUUGUGAGUCUACUCGGGUUUAUUGUCUGUUCAUAGAGGGUGCAGUUAUUGUGUUAUAUGGCAAAAUAUAGAGCUUUUUAAUGCAUAUUUUCAUUUUAGAAAAAACGUGUACUACAUUUUUUUAUGCACACAUAUCAUGAUAUAUUUUGUCAAUUUAUAUAUGGUCUUUUUAUAGAGAUGUGUUUUUUUAUUAUUCAUUUAUUUCCUUACAGAAAAAAGGUUAAAGCAUUUAAUGUGAUUUUUUGCACCAUGUUUUUUUGUAUUGUUUGAUGUUUCUUUUUUACACAAUUACAUUUAAAAUUUACAGAGUAAAUAACCUAUACUCCUCUUGAGUUUUUUUGACCCAAGUAGAAUAGGAACUUGAUUUCAUAUUGGUAUUUAUGGUACAUAACAAAUUGCAAUUGUUUUCAAAUGUCAAGCUGAUUGUAUGAAGCAGACUCCACAAGCUUAGCCUACAAAUGAUUUCAUGGAUAUAUGUCCCCUUUUUUUGUCCAUGUACCGGUAGAUAAAAUUUGAUUUCCGGUAGAUCAGAAUAUGUCAAACAUACCAUACACAUCCUAGCUGUGCCUUAAUGGGAACAUUUUGUAUAAAUAUUUAAUGUUAGUGAUAUUCAGUUACAAUUUGAUUGUAGUAAGUAGUUGAGAUAAUUUGAUUGCUACAGAAAAUUGCUCUUUUGACUUUUCAAUCAUAACACAUCUUUUUAAAAAAUUAGGUUGUAGUUUAAGAAGUAUAUAUUUUAUUCAUGAUAUAAACAAUGAACAUGAAUUGAAAAGCAGGCAAAAGAAGCCUCUAUUAGUUCUCUCCACUGAAGAUCAAUGAAAGAUAUCAAUGUAAUAAUAUAAAGUGUAAUUGUAGUUUAAUUUACAAAUCAAGUCAAUAGUUGAAGUGUGUUCUACAGUGUUUUGUUAUCAAUUAAGAUAUUGCAAAUAAGCAACUUGAGGAUAAAUUUUUCUUGGUACAUGAUGAUGACUUGUUGGUUGUAAUUGCAGGCAUGUAGCAUAAAAUUGAACUAUCAUGUGAAGUUGCCCCCCCCCCCCCCCCCCACUUUUUUGGGAGCAUGUAAAAAUCUGGAGUGAAAAUCAGGAAAUUAAUAGUGAAAUCAAAGUUCUAGUAGGUAUAUGCACACCCCCCCCCCCUUCCCACAGAUUAGAAUUUUCAGGAUUUAAUAAUACAAAAAAAUUUGGAGGGUGGGGGGGGCUCUUUAUUUUUGGAUGAGUGCCCCCCCCCCUCCCCACUUUCAAAAACGUUACUACAUAUCUGAAUUGGUCUAUUGGUGAUUGUGUCAAGUAUCAGGACCAACUGCAUAGAAGGCAGCUAUUUCCAAAAAUCAUUGCAGAUCCAUAAAUACAUCAAAUUUUACAUCACAUUGCAGUCAUAUCAAUUAGAACACAUUGACACUUGGUUAAUACAUGUACCAUAUCACAACUGUUACAAGUAUAUUUUAUAACAUUAAGAUAUACAUGUAUAUAAUUGAUUAGUACAGUCAAACUCGGUUAGGUAGUGAAGUCCUAGGGUUGUUUUGAUUUACUUUGGUAUAUGCCAUGUAUUUUAAACUCUUGUAUCAUUGAAAUACAGAAAUUCAUUACAUAAGAUCUCUCCCGUUUGUAAAGUCCAUUGUUCUUUGAUCACCUCAAUGUUUUGCUAUAUAAUUAUAUAUGUAUAUUCAUAAAGUUUUUACAUCAAAAUGUAUUAUCGUCGGAGGUCCUAAAUUCAUUACAGUUUUAGAGUCUUGUUUUUCUCCCAUAUCUCACAAGAUUUAGUAUGAGGUUAAUGAAAAAAAAAUGAAUAUAAUGUAAAGUGCAUCAAAGAUAUAAAAGUCCUUUAUAUGCAUUUUAUUACAUGUAUUAAUUUAGUGUUACAAGUUUAAGCAGGCGCCUAAUGUGGCACGGAUUCUUAUGGUAACGACUCAUGGGCCUCCGAGCAUAUAUCUAGUAUUAGCUUUACAAGGAAAUGCUUGACAGGAAACUGCACACCAUUACAAUUAACAUAUCCAUGUUUUCACUCUAUAUGUUUUUGUUCCAAACAAGUUUUACACUUUACAUGUAUAUACAUGACUUAAGUUUAAACUUUUUGUUCAAAUGAGAAAUCCUAUUAGACUUGUGAACAUGUAAAUUAAGGAAGGUGUCAUUUAUCAGAUUAUCAUUUGAGUGUGCUAAUUCUUGGCUUGCUAGGACAACGUACUCUUACAGAGCUUAAUAACUAAGAUAUGCAAAAGCCAAAAAUAAUUAUACAUGUUAGUUGUCAGUGAUUAAAGAACUUUUAAUCAUAUAUUAAAAAUUUCUUUGCAAUUAUUUCAUUGUCAACACAUGUAUAAUAAUUGCUGUUAUAUGCCAGGUAAUUAAGACUUUGUGCUAAGACCCAGUAUUAAUUAAGAGUGACUAACCCAGUAUUAAUUAAGAGUGACUAAGACACUGGGAAGUUUAUUUCAUUGAGUGAAAGGGUUAAGUAAUCUCUCUUACAUGAACUUAUAUAUUCUGUCUACAAAACAACCCUGGAAUAUUCAUUUGGAAUUUAAAUGAUAUAUGCACAAGGAAAAAAAAAUAAAACUACAGAUACUAUUGCCUUUUUUUAAUCCCUAUUUUUAGCUAAAUUAUAUUGCGUAUUAUUAUUCCAUCAUUUGUAUACAAUGUGCAUAACUAUGUAGAUACAACAUAUGUUGUAUAACAUGUAUUAUAAUAAAAUGUUAUUUUAUUUUUAAGUGUUAGUGUAUGUUUUUAUUUUUUAUGAUUUUUUUUCAUUACCAUCAGUAUGAUUUGUUUUAAAUGAUCAGAUCAAUUAAGAUAUAAUGGAUUAACAUUAUUUUUAUAGUUUUGUGCUACAGUUGAUUGUGAGUAUGAAUGGACCAAACAAGUUUAAUUGCUUGAAACUGAUUUUGUUUACAUAUUGUAUAUGUAUUCAUUUUCAAUAAAAUUUGUAUUUAACAGAA